AUGACGAAGAGCAAUUGGCAAAAAUGUCGUAGGAGCUUUAGCAUGAAAGCUAGGAGUACUGUAGGUGAUAUAAUACCACAUUCAUUCUCUACUGGAGAAUUAUAUGCCAUGGUAAAAAGUGGCAACGCCAAAGGCGGUGGCAAUGGCAACGCCAAAGGCGGUGGCAACGGCAACGGUACGGGCACCGACACCGAUACCGGCACCGGCACCAGCACCGGCACGGGCACGGGCACAGGCACGGGCGACGGUGACAGCGGCUAUGCAUUACCUAAUGGUAGUGGUGAUGAAAAUUUCGAUCUGUUAUCUCUAGACGUUGAUCGGUUCGCUGCCAUUCUUUCCAGCGUUGCAGACAAGUCCAAUCCGCCGGAAAUCCCGGACGUCGUCGGCCAAUUCUCCGACGUAAUUGAGUCCAAGGUGGCCAAGUAUCAUCCCGCCGGAGAGUGUCGGGACAGGAUGGAGAGGGAAGAUGAUGUUCCGCGUUUGGUGGGAGGUGUUAAAAGGUUGGCGAAACUGAGGGAUAGAUUCGCGAAGUUUCCGGACCUCACACCGUCGCAGCACCGGAUCAGCACCGUCUUGCAUCUGGCGAUAACGUUCUUAGAAGACGAAUUACGGUACUUGCUGGAAGAUUCCAGAAUUCAAAUUUCCUUCGAGGAGGAGGAUGAGGAGGAGUCCAAUAGUAAGGAUGAUGUGGAAUAUCCAGAGGAUUUGAUGGGGAGAAUGAAGAUGAUCGCCGGCGCGAUGGUUUCGACCGGAUUUGAAACGGAAUGCUGCCAGGUUUAUUCGAUUGCGCGGUGGAAUUGGUUUUCCGAGAAGAUGAAAGCGCUGGAAUUCGAGAAGUUGAACAUGGAGGACGUGCAGAGAAUGCCUUGGGAUUUACUGGGAGUAGAGAUCACGAGAUGGAUCACAAUCGUGAGAAAGUGCUCCAAAAUUCUGCUCCCGGCGGAGCGGAAAUUGGGGGAAUCCGUUUUCUCCGAUCACCCCUCCGUUUCUCGGACCCUCUUCUGCAAUCUGGCCCGCACCGUCGCGAUCCGGCUUCUGGAUUUCGCGGAGGCGGUGGCGAUGACGAAACGCUCCACCGAGAAGCUCUUCAAAUUCCUCGACGUGUUCGAGACCGCGCAGGAGCUCAUCCCGGUGGUCAGCGAAUCCUGCACCAACGAUUACCAGAACGAGGUGAAAUCGGAGAUCGAGGCCGCCCUAGAGAGGCUGGGCGAAGCGGCGGUCAACAUUUUCACAGACCUGGAGAGCUCGAUCAAGAACGAUGUCGCCAGAAUUCCGGUCCCCGGCGGCGCCGUACACCCGCUCACUCGUUACGUGAUGAACUACCUGAAAUACGCGUGCGAGUACAAGGACACCCUGGAGCACAUUUUCCAGCAACACGGCAAGGUGGGGUCGUUGAUCCACGACGGAGAAUUCACCAAUGGCGGCGGCGCGGAAACAGAAAGCGGCGAUAGCAGCCCGCACAAUAAUCUCACAACAACCCACCCUACAACACCAUUUUCGAUACAGGUAAUCACCAUCAUGGACCUCCUGGACGCAAACCUGGAGGCGAAGUCGAAGUUGUACCGGGACCCCGCCUUGCGUUCCAUAUUCCUGAUGAACAACGGGCGAUACAUCUUACAGAAAGUGAAAGGCUCGGCGGAGAUUCACAAAGUGAUGGGCAACAACUGGUGCCGGAGAAGAUCCACGGUGGUGAGACAAUUCCACAAGAACUAUCAACGAGAGACGUGGGGCAAGGUGUUGCAGAUCUUGAGCCAUGAAGGCUUGCAAGGGAACGCCAAGGCAUUGAAGCCAGUGCUCAAAGAAAGGUUCAAAAGCUUCAGCACCAUAUUUGACGAGAUCCAUAGAUCGCAGAGCACGUGGGUAGUGAGUGACGAGCAGCUUCAAUCGGAGCUUAGGGUUUCCAUAUCCGCGGUCAUCAUUCCGGCCUACCGCUCUUUCUUAGGGAGGUUUAGACAAUAUUUUGACAACACAAAGCAUGCAGAGAAGUACAUCAAAUACCAACCUGACGAUAUUGAGACUUUGAUUGAGGGAUUAUUUGAUGGUAAUACUGCAUCUAUGGCUAGGAGAAGGUUGUAGCUAGUUUUAAUAUAAUUUGUUAUGUAUGUUACGUUGUGCAAUACAAUUUCAUUCAU